AGCGACCAACACGGCCAGCGUCCGAGUACUCGAGCCCGGGCAGGCCCCUGAGCUGCCUCGUGGAUGAGAACACUCCCAUCAGCGGCACCAACGGCGCGUCCUGCGGGCAGGCGGCGGAUCCGCGGCUGGCCGAGAGGAGGGUGCGCUCCCAGAGGCACAGGAACUACAUGAGCAGGACACACCUGCACACUCCUCCCGACCUACCUGAGGGAUACGAGCAAAGGACAACUCAGCAAGGUCAGGUCUAUUUUCUGCAUACUCAAACUGGUGUCAGCACGUGGCACGAUCCAAGAGUACCUAGGGAUCUUAGCAACAUCAAUUGUGAAGAGCUUGGUCCACUGCCCCCUGGAUGGGAGAUCCGAAAUACAGCCACGGGCAGGGUUUAUUUUGUUGACCAUAACAACAGGACGACGCAGUUCACGGACCCGCGGCUCUCUGCAAACCUGCACCUGGUGCUGAACCGGCAGAACCAGCUGAAGGACCAGCAGCACCAGCAGCAGCAGCAGGUGGUGUCCCUGUGCCAGCUCCCCGACGAGGCCGAGUGCCUGACGGUGCCGCGCUACAAACGGGACCUGGUGCAGAAGCUCAAGAUCCUGCGGCAGGAGCUGUCCCAGCAGCAGCCUCAGGCUGGCCACUGUCGGAUCGAGGUGUCCAGGGAGGAGAUUUUUGAGGAAUCCUACAGGCAAGUCAUGAAGAUGAGGCCAAAGGACCUGUGGAAACGAUUAAUGAUAAAAUUUCGUGGGGAGGAAGGCCUUGAUUAUGGAGGUGUUGCCAGGGAGUGGCUGUACCUGUUGUCCCAUGAGAUGUUGAAUCCAUACUAUGGGCUCUUCCAGUAUUCCCGAGAUGAUAUCUACACCCUGCAAAUCAACCCCGACUCCGCCGUCAAUCCGGAACACUUGUCCUAUUUCCACUUUGUGGGCCGGAUCAUGGGGAUGGCUGUGUUCCACGGGCACUACAUCGACGGCGGCUUCACGUUGCCUUUCUACAAGCAGUUGCUUGGGAAGCCAAUUACUUUGGAUGACAUGGAAUUGGUUGACCCUGAUCUUCAUAACAGCUUAGUCUGGAUACUUGAGAACGACAUCACCGGGGUCCUGGACCACACGUUCUGUGUGGAGCACAACGCCUACGGGGAGAUCAUUCAGCACGAGCUGAAACCCAAUGGCAAAAGCAUCCCCGUGACAGAGGAGAACAAAAAGGAAUAUGUCAGACUUUAUGUGAACUGGCGGUUUUUACGAGGAAUUGAAGCUCAGUUCCUGAGUUUGUUUUAAAAAGAUUCAUAUUCUCUCAUGUUUUAGGAACAACUUUG